GUCACAGAAUUAGAUUCCUGUUGGCCCAUUCCGCGCCUACAAACAGGCUUAGCGCUCCACUGAAAUGCGGGAGGCUCCUUAACUCUUGUAUAAACAGAAACACUUCGUAACUCUAUGUCAGAGCGCAUUAAAAUGAGCCACUUCUGAACGAGCAGCGCCCAGGCCCCAGGCCCUGCUGCGAAGGCCCCGGCAAAGGUCAGGGCCCCGUCCGCGUGACGCUCCUGCCUGCGUGCGGCCAAGCCAUGCUCGGCCCCAGCUCAGGUAACGGAGGCCUUGGAAGGAGACUCUGCAUCAGGUCACCCAGCAGAGAUCAGCAAUCCUUGGCUCACUGAGGAGGUUUGGAUUUACCUUAAGGGCACGCCAAAAAUUGAACAGAGAAAUCCCAAGGAAGCUGCCUGAAUUUGCCUGUAUACUCUCAUUCUGCAUCUUAUAAAGGACCAGACAAAUCACAUUAGUGGUUUUGGUUUCCGCCAGCUGUGGAUGCCUUUGACAUUAUGACCGCAGAGGAUUCCACCGCAGCCAUGAGCAGUGACUCGGCCGCCGGGUCCUCGGCCAAGGUGCCCGAGGGCGUGGCGGGCGCGCCCAACGAGGCGGCACUGCUGGCGCUGAUGGAGCGCACGGGCUACAGCAUGGUGCAGGAGAACGGGCAGCGCAAGUACGGCGGCCCACCGCCCGGCUGGGAGGGCCCGCACCCGCAGCGCGGCUGCGAGGUCUUCGUGGGCAAGAUCCCGCGCGACGUGUACGAGGACGAACUGGUGCCCGUGUUCGAGGCCGUGGGCCGCAUCUACGAGCUGCGCCUCAUGAUGGACUUCGACGGCAAGAACCGCGGCUACGCCUUCGUCAUGUACUGCCACAAGCACGAGGCCAAGCGCGCAGUGCGCGAGCUCAACAACUACGAGAUCCGCCCGGGCCGCCUGCUAGGUGUGUGCUGCAGCGUAGACAACUGCCGCCUCUUCAUCGGCGGGAUCCCCAAGAUGAAGAAGCGCGAGGAGAUCCUGGAGGAGAUCGCCAAGGUCACCGAGGGCGUGCUGGACGUGAUCGUCUACGCCAGCGCGGCCGACAAGAUGAAGAACCGUGGCUUUGCCUUCGUGGAGUACGAGAGCCACCGCGCGGCUGCCAUGGCUCGCCGCAAGCUCAUGCCCGGCCGCAUCCAGCUGUGGGGCCACCAGAUCGCCGUGGACUGGGCCGAGCCCGAGAUCGACGUGGACGAGGAUGUGAUGGAGACGGUGAAGAUCCUCUACGUGCGCAACCUCAUGAUCGAGACCACAGAGGACACCAUCAAGAAGAGCUUCGGCCAGUUCAACCCUGGCUGCGUGGAGCGCGUCAAGAAGAUCCGCGACUACGCCUUCGUGCACUUCACCAGCCGCGAGGAUGCCGUGCACGCCAUGAACAACCUCAACGGCACUGAGCUGGAGGGCUCGUGCCUGGAGGUCACGCUGGCCAAGCCCGUGGACAAGGAGCAGUACUCGCGCUACCAGAAGGCAGCCAGGGGUGGCGGCGUGGCCGAGGCGGCGCAGCAGCCCAGCUACGUGUACUCCUGCGACCCCUACACGCUGGCCUACUACGGAUACCCCUACAACGCGCUCAUCGGGCCCAACAGGGACUACUUCGUGAAAGCAGGCAGCAUAAGAGGCCGAGGGCGAGGUGCAGCUGGCAACAGAGCCCCGGGGCCCCGGGGUUCCUACCUCGGGGGAUAUUCUGCUGGCCGUGGUAUAUAUAGCCGAUAUCAUGAAGGGAAAGGAAAGCAGCAAGAAAAAGGAUAUGAACUUGUGCCGAAUUUGGAAAUCCCUACCGUCAACCCAGUUGCCAUUAAACCUGGUACAGUAGCCAUCCCUGCCAUUGGGGCCCAGUAUUCCAUGUUCCCAGCAGCUCCAGCCCCUAAAAUGAUUGAAGAUGGCAAAAUCCACACAGUGGAGCACAUGAUCAGCCCCAUUGCUGUGCAACCAGACCCAGCCAGUGCUGCUGCCGCCGCAGCUGCUGCAGCCGCAGCCGCAGCCGCCGUCAUUCCCACCGUGUCGACGCCACCGCCUUUCCAGGGUCGCCCAAUAACUCCAGUAUACACGGUGGCUCCAAAUGUUCAGAGAAUUCCCACUGCCGGGAUCUACGGGGCCAGUUACGUGCCAUUUGCUGCUCCGGCCACAGCCACAAUCGCCACACUACAGAAGAACGCGGCAGCCGCGGCCGCCGUGUAUGGAGGAUACGCAGGCUACAUACCUCAGGCCUUCCCUGCUGCUGCCAUUCAGGUCCCCAUCCCCGACGUCUACCAGACAUACUGAGGCUGGUGACCAGCGCGAAGACAAACCACACGAACACCACUGAAGGAACGCUUGACUAUUUAUGAAGAAGGAACCUGUUGAAUUCGCACAUGCAAUAUGAAAGUGAAGAAUGUUCGCAGAUUUAUUUCUGAAAUAUUUUAUAUACAUGAAGUUUUCACUAGUUUUUUAAGACUAUUUUCAACUUAGCAGGCCUGCGUUUAUACAUUUCCAAAAGACUUGUAAUGGUUCGUGCCUUCAUACCAUCUUUUAAAAAUUUGUAUGCUGUACUACAUUUGUAUAGAGGUUUUUGUUGUUGUUUUUUUUUUAAGGAUAUAUUUUCAGUAUGAAGGUUAUUUUCUUAACUUCUGCACUCCAGAGAUUUCUAUUUUGUAGUACCUUCAAUAAUAUAUCAACUAUAUAUUAAAAAAGCACACUUGAGCAGCUAGGGAACUGUUUUGAAAACUAUAUACAAUAUUUAAAGAUACAAACAGUAGUGCUUAAAAAUACUACAUAAAACAUUAUUUUAAAGGUUAUACUGGAAAGUGCAAUUUUAAAAUGAGUAAAAUCUUUGUAUUUCUGCUGGCAUUAAGGGUUGAUGGUGUUACCAUGUAUCAUCAUGGCGGUACUAUUUUUUAAAAGAAACACUGAAUCUCUCCUUAAGCCAACAUUGAAAAGACCUGCCACACUUCUGAGUCCAAACACUGGAAAGCUCUCCUUUGCCAUCAUUAGCAGGGCUCAUUCUCCAUGUGCCUUAACCUUAAACAUGCCCCUACUACCCCAUCUCUCACCCUGUCCCCUCCUCCCCAAAUUCCCAGUCCCUCCGCAAUGUCUGGCAAGCCUAGGACUGAUGAAUAGCUCUGAAAGAGAGAGGAGCUGGUGGCUUUUAUACUUCUUCCUGGGUUUUUGUUGGGGUCUGUUGUUUCGUUGUAUGUUUUUUGUUUUGUUUUGUUUUGGUUGGGGAAGUAUUACCUUCUAUGUGUGCUAUUUUCAGUAGCGUAAGUUCAAGGUUUUAAUCGAGCUGCAUAAGACACCUUUGCAUAGCUAUUUAAUUGCCCAAUAUAAAACUUUAAUGCCAUUUCUAAUGCUUUUAUUCAUUUUUGAAGUAUGAGUUUGUAGGGACAAAGAAUGUAUGUUAUAGACAAGACCCCCAGAGACUCUUGUCAGCAGAAAGUUAUGCUUCUAGUUGCCUUACCAUGUUUCAUGCAAAACUGUCCGUGGUCCUCAAGGGUGUUGGAAACAUUUUGUUUAUUAAAUCUCUCUUCCCUUGCUGUGCACUUGAUGGGUGAACUGAAUUGGGGUGUGCACAUCCAGGAGGAGGAGGAGAGACCUGUAGAAGUUUAAAGAUAGUUUGUAAAUAUCUUCUAAUGCUUGUUUUUAGUCCUUUUAUGUUGCAGAAGUUCAUGGUAUGUAGUUUAAUGCAAAAUGAAACCAUUUUAUUUCAAUGUUAUUAAAAAGGUUUGUUUUAUUAUAAGGAAGUUAAUGUAUUGUUGCAGUGUUUUGUGCCUGUUUAAAGGCUUUUGUUUAGCAGAGUGAAUGUAAAAUACAGUAAAAUGUUAAGAUUGUCAUCUACUUUUAAAAAAUAUAUAUAUCAACUUGGAAUUGUUUUUUAAAGGCUCAAUCAAGGAAGUGAGGUGUGCAAUAAGGUAGCAAGUACACAGUUGCGUUUUUAUGUCAUAUUAGAGAUCCAUACAAUCUUUCCACUCAUGGGAUUUUUGUUGAUGGCUGAAUUCUUGUGGAUUCAUAAGAGGAUCAUGCCCUUAGCAAGUACUUUUGUUUUGUUUUAAAUUAAGAGAUUCCCAAAUACCUUUUCCCCCCUCAUCUUGAGAUGAGAUGAAUUUCUAUGUGUAAGCAAUAUUUAUUUAACUAUUCUAUAAAAUUAUUGAGUGCCUCCUGAGGCCUUUAAGCACCCCUAACAUUUCUUUCCAUCAUUCUUUUAAAUGACAUAAAGUAAUUGUGCAAUGUUCCUGAUGAUGUACCCCGCAAGCUGCAUUGAAACUCAAAUCUGUUGGAAUGAGUGACUCAACAAAAUGUAAUUUGGAUCAGAUCCUCAUCCCUUGACUAUGUGAAAAAAGUACUCUCCUUCUAGUGAAGAAUUGUCACAGAGUUUCACUGGAUGAAACCGUGACCCAGUAUUCUUACUGUAUUUUACGUAUGCCUGUAAAUUAUUUUCGAAGAAGAAGAAGAGGAGGAGGAGGAGGAGGAAGAGGAAGAGGAGGAAGGGGAAGAGAAAGGAAGGAAGGAAGGAAGGAAGAAAGAAAGAAAGAAAGAAAGAAAGAAAGAAAGAAAGAAAGAAAGAAAGAAAGAAAGAAAGAAAGAAAGAAAGAAAGAAAGAAAGAAAGAAAAGAAAAAAACAAUGAUACUUUAACAUGGCAACCACCAAACUCCCUUAAAAACAAACGUUGGGGACAUAGCUAGUUAAGUAUCAGUGAGCCUCCAAUCUGGGACUUAUCUGUUCCUAUUGUUUCAAAACCAUUUCACGUACACUACUGAGAUAAGUUUAUAACUUGAAAUGUGAACUUUUUUUUUUUUAGUGUUAAGAACAAACUAUAUAAAUGUAAAAAAAAAGUUUUAGAGUUCUGUUUUCAAACAUUGCUAGUGGUUUAGUUAACUUUAGCUGCUUUAUAUUUGACAAGCUUUUAUUUAGAUCUUGCUCCAUUUACAGUACAUUUUUAGGAUGUAUGUAGUAAAUAAAGCUUUCUUUAAAGCAA